UGCUACUGUCACGAGAUCCAGUAGUUGUCCUUCACGCUUUCACCAGCAGACCAACUUCCUUCAAGUGCUCUUGGACCUUGCCUUCUUUUUAUUACAUGCUUUUUAUUCCUGCACAAACUAUGUUUCUCACAGCUUUUAUUCCUGCACAAACUAUGUUUCUCACAGCUUUCUCUCUUCUCCUCUUCUUCAACGUGGCCUCCACAGCCGGCGAGGUGAGCACAGCCACGGUGUACUGGAAUGUCCAUGACAAGACGGUCCUGCUGAAGGAGGAUCACCUGGGAGCAGAAGGUGAUGCAUACGGCUUCUUCAACAACACCCUCACCACUACUGGCUGGAGCGUGCUGGAGGUCAGAGCUGGAUACGGAGACACGCCCCCUUCUGACCAGCUCACCUUCUACCUGGCGGGCUACCUGGAAGGCUUUCUGACUGCACAACAGAUGGAAGCUCACUACACCAACAUGUACCCUCAACUCAUCACUGACCCCACCAUCCUGGGCCCGCUGCACACCUUCAUCAAGCAGCAGGACUCUUGGACCAGAGAGCAGGUGAAAAGCCAGAAGAGUUCUGACCCUGUGUGGACACACACUGGCUUCAUUGUGGCGCAGAUGGACGGCCUGCAGGCGGGCGCUGCAGAGUGGGCCAAGAGACGAGGCAAAAAGCCGUUGUCCCUGUUUGCCAUUCAGUUCCUGAACGCCGUGGGAGACCUGCUAGACCUGAUCCCCAACUUGGUCCCGAGCUCCGCUGCGCCGCUCAAACACUUGAAACUUCCAGGGAUGGGACACUGCUCUGCACUCAUAAAGCUGCUGCCGGGCUUCGAGAACCUCCUCUUCGCCCACUCCAGCUGGUACACGUACGCCGCCACCAUGCGUAUCUACAAACACUGGGACUUCCACAUCAGCGAGCCGCACACGGCCACUGGCAAGCUGUCCUUCAGCAGCUAUCCAGGCUUCCUGGUGUCCCUGGAUGACUUCUACCUCCUGGGGAGCGGUCUGAUGAUGACGCAGACCACCAACAACGUCUUCAACUCCUCCCUUUUCCGCGCCCUCACCCCCAAAAGCCUGCUGGCCUGGCAGAGGGUCCGACUGGCCCACAGUUUGGCGCAUACAGGAGAGGAGUGGGCCAGCAUCUUCUCCAAGUACAACUCUGGAACCUACAAUAAUCAGUACAUGGUGUUGGACAGGAGCAAAGUCAAGCUGGGCCACAGUAUCAGUGACGGUGCCCUGACUGUGGUGGAGCAGAUCCCUGGGCUGGUGGAGUACUCGGACCAGACCCAAGCGCUGCGUUUGGGCUACUGGCCGUCCUACAACGUCCCCUUCCACCAGAACAUCUACCGGCUGAGUGGCUACCAGCUGAUGUGGCAGCACUACGGCCAGGACUUCUCCUACGACCUGUGCCCCAGGGCCAAGAUCUUCCGCCGUGACCAGGCCCACGUCAAGGAUCUGGACUCCUUAAAGCACAUCAUGAGGUUCAAUGACUACAAGAAGGACCCGUACUCUCAAGGGAACCCCUGCAAGUCCAUCUGUUGCCGUAACGACCUGAAGGCAGAAGAGCCCUCGCCAGGCGGUUGCUAUGACACCAAGGUGACGGACUUCCAAAUGGCGGGCAGGUUCCAGGCGCAGGCGCUGAACGGGCCGACCACACAGGACGGACUGCCGCCCUUCAGGUGGGAGAAGUUCAGCCAGGUGAGCCACCAGGGUCUACCUGCCUUCUACAACUUCACCUUCGUCAACAUGCAGCCUGUCCUCUUCCGCCCGUGAUUGUGUCCUGCCACACGGGGGUCCAAAAGCAGCAGAUAAUAGGAGCCCCAAAACACUUUAAAAGGGUAAUAAAAGAGCAACGAGGUGUGAUUCAAGAAGAAGAUGUUGCAAUAGUGUAGGCAGGCUUUUACUUUGAAAAGAGGUGUGAUUUAAGAAGAAGAUGUUGCAAUAGUGUAGGCAGGCUUUUAUUUUGAAAAGAGGUGUGAUUUAAGAAGAAGAUGUUGCAAUAGUGUAGGCAGGCUUUUAUUUUGAAAAGAGGUGUGAUUUAAGAAGAAGAUGUUGCAACAGUGUAGGCAGGCUUUUACUUUGAAAAGAGGUGUGAUUUAAGAAGAAGAUGUUGCAAUAGUGUAGGCAGGCUUUUACUUUGAAAAGAGGUGUGAUUGAAGAAGAAGAUGUUGCAAUAGUGUAGGCAGGCUUUUAUUUUGAAAAGAGGUGUGAUUGAAGUAGAAGAUGUUGCAAUAGUGUAGGCAGGCUUUUAUUUUGAAAAGAGGUGUGAUUGAAGAAGAAGAUGUUGCAAUAGUGUAGGCAGGCUUUUACUUUGAAAAGAGGUGUGAUUUAAGAAGAAGAUGUCUCAAUAGUGUAGGCAGGCUUUUACUUUGAAAAGAGGUGUAAUUUAAGAAGAAGAUGUUGCAAUAGAGUAGGCAGGCUUUUACUUUGAAACUCAUUGCUCAGAAAAGAAUAACAACUUAUAAUAAACACAUGGGAAGUUGCUCUAGAGAUUUAAAAGUACAAAUGAAUUGAAACUACCACCAUCAACGUGUGAAGGUGGAAGGAAUAAGUUGUGGGUUCAACUUAUCAGAAAAAUAAAUAAUAUAUAUAUGACUUAUUUUUAAGACUUUUAUAAGUGGAGGCCUUUUGGAUCUUUUUUUUACUGUCAUUGUUUUAAAAGAAAUAUGAAUAAACCAAAAGCAUUUUAGUUAUGAAUGAUUGACUCUUCUAAGGU